ACAGAGAUCUAGAACUUAGCCUAGCUAUCAACGUAUGGUAAAACACAUAAGCGGAUGUUUUAAUUUUUGGCUACUUUAUUGAUUUAAUCCAUGACGAUGUGUAGUUAGCUAUAUUUGCGUAUAAGUGACGUUGAUUCAAUUCAUCACAAUCUGUUGGUUCCGCUAACGCACAAUCGAGGAAGAGUAUAUAUAUAAGAGUAUAUGAUAUUACCUGCUCUCGCAUAAAAGACUGAACAGAUUCUACCCUUGUGAUAUAAAGCAAGAUCAUGUAUUUGGAGUCUGCCGCCUCGUUGUUCCUUGUGUGGUUCGUAUGGUAUGUUAUCACGACUUACAUCGAGAGAAGGAAAAUGCCCCCGGGUCCAUUUCCUUGGCCCCUGAUCGGCAAUCUCCCGCAAAUGGAAUCCGACCCGAUAAACCCUUUCAAGAAGAUCAUUGAGAAAUAUGGCGAGAUCGUAUCCGUCUCGUUUCCUUUGAGACGCUGCGUGUUGAUAAACAACGCAAAACUGGCGCGAGAAGCACGCUUGACAAGAAAGGACGAUCUCGCUGGAAAGAUAAGAAGCACGAUGUACCCGGGUGAUGUCAUCUUCGGAGAGCGCGAUGUCAUAUGUUCAGACUAUGGCCCAGGACAUGUAUUUCGCAAGAAAAUCCUUUCUCUAGGCCUGCAUGUGUUUGGGGAGGGUAUAGAUAAAGCCGAAGAACGUGUCAGCAAUGCGGUGCAGAACUUUGUCAAUGAAAUGGAAGCGCUGGAUGAGCAGGCGUUUUCUCCGAAGGACCUCCUUUCGCGGGCAAUAGUGUGCCAAAUUUGGGAGUGGGUGACAUCAAAGAAACUAUCACUGCUUCACCCCAAGGUGAAGUUGAUAGUUGAAUUCAACGACAAAAUAUCAAAGCUUUGGACUCAAUUUACUCCAGCCCAGUUGAUCCCUGGUGUUUCCCAUCUUCCAACCACAUUCAACCGCGAGUUAAGUGAAGUCGUUCGCAUGAGGGAGCAGCUAUUUGGACCGGAACUGAAAUAUCAUCGGGAAACGUUUGUACCAGAAGUGACUCGUGAUCUUACCGACAGCUUUCUUGCCGCGUUCGAAAAAGAAAUUGGAAAAGAAAAAGGAGACGAAAUCGGUUCCAUUGAUGACAUAAAAGGCUUGAUGGUUGAUAUAGUGUAUGCAGGAUCGGAUACGACCUCGUCCGUGCUUGCAUGGUAUAUUCUUUAUAUAGUGCUUCACCCAGAUGUCCAAACAAAGAUCCACGAAGAGCUCGACGAAGUGGUCGGAAAAGGUCGCUUACCUCGGUGGCAAGAUACGAAGAACUUGCCGUACUUACAGGCCAGUAUCUGUGAAGUGUUGCGUUUGUCGCGUGUUCUUCCUGUGUAUGGUACGAACGCCAUACGAGACACGGUCAUUGGAGGAUAUCAUAUCCCCAAAGAUACCUAUGUCGCCCUUCAUAUCAACCAUAUUCACUUUGACGAAAAAGAAUGGCCAGAACCACACAGUUUCAAACCUGAGCGAUUUCUGAAAGAAGAUGGUUCAUUUGUUGGCUGGACAGCGAAGCAUGGAUUUAUCCCGUUUGGUCUCGGUCGUAGAGACUGCCCCGGGCAACCCUUGGCAAGAAUUAUGUUGUGCCUUUUCGUGUCUGCUUUGUUGCAACAUUUUAGGAUUGAAGUUCCUGAAGGAGAAGCCAGACCAAUAUUGAUGCCAUCGGACCCAAAACUUGUUCUACCACCAAAUGAUUUCACCAUCGUGGCUAAGAGGAGAUUGUAGACACUCCACGACCCACCGCUUUCUUUUAUUGUCUUAAAAAUAUUCAUCUUAAAGAUGUCAUCGUAAAAGUAAAAAGGUGCUGACAGAUAAUGACUAAUUAAUAGCUAACGUUUACCAUGUACCAAUAAGUAAUCAUGCAUGGUAUUUGUAAUAUUUAUGCCUCUUAAAUAAUACUUGUUUGUCUGUGUAUGCAUGUGAUAUGAUGAUGUAAUAAAGUAACUUAUUUGAAA